CGCCGCGUGAGGCUGAGCGCGCAGGGGGCUCUGCAGUGCCUGGACCCAAAGGAGCGCCAUUGGCUCCAACCGCCGCCUGUAGGGCGCAGGGAGUGUCCGUGGCUUGGUGCUGUGCUGGGCGCUGUGGCGCUGCCCCAGAGCCCGCCGUCCGCGGGGCGCGCUCCGGCUUGACACCGGCGGCCCCGCGGCAGGCAGGCGCCCGCACUUCCAUGGUUGGCUCAGAACGCAAUGAGCCGCCCGUCCUCCACCGGCCCCAGCGCUAGCAAACCCUGCAGCAAGCAGCCGCCGCCGCCGCCGCCCCAGCACGUUCUGUCCCCGGCAGCGCCCACAGCCGCCGCCACCAUCUCGGCUGCGGGCCCCGGCUCGUCCGCGGUGCCAGCCGCGGCGGCGGUGAUUUCGGGCCCCGGCGGAGGCGGCGGCGGUGGGGCCGGCCCGGUAUCCCCGCAGCACCACGAGCUCACCUCGCUCUUCGAGUGCCCGGUCUGCUUUGAUUAUGUCCUGCCUCCCAUCCUGCAGUGCCAGGCCGGGCACCUGGUGUGUAACCAAUGCCGCCAGAAGUUAAGCUGCUGCCCGACGUGCAGGGGCGCUCUGACGCCCAGCAUCAGGAACCUGGCUAUGGAGAAGGUGGCCUCGGCUGUGCUGUUCCCCUGUAAGUAUGCUACCACAGGCUGUUCCCUGACUCUGCACCACACAGAGAAACCGGAGCAUGAAGACGUCUGUGAAUACCGUCCCUACACCUGCCCUUGUCCUGGGGCAUCCUGCAAGUGGCAGGGCUCCCUGGAGGCCGUGAUGUCCCAUCUCAUGCACGCCCACAAGAGCAUCACCACCCUUCAGGGAGAAGACAUUGUCUUCCUAGCUACCGACAUUAACCUCCCGGGGGCUGUCGACUGGGUGAUGAUGCAGUCAUGCUUUGGGCACCACUUCAUGCUGGUUCUGGAGAAGCAGGAGAAGUAUGAAGGGCACCAGCAGUUCUUUGCCAUUGUCCUGCUCAUUGGCACCCGCAAGCAGGCCGAAAACUUCGCCUACAGACUGGAGUUGAACGGGAACCGGCGGAGACUGACCUGGGAGGCCACACCUCGGUCCAUUCAUGAUGGUGUGGCCUCGGCCAUCAUGAACAGCGACUGCCUUGUUUUUGACACAGCCAUAGCACAUCUCUUUGCAGAUAAUGGGAACCUUGGAAUAAAUGUGACUAUUUCUACAUGUUGUCCAUGAUGCAGCAUGUGGAAUCCAUAAACUAUUGAAAUUAUUUGGGCGCAAUGCUCUGUUUAAUAAAGGUUUUUGUAGCUGUUUUAUUCACUGUGUCUUCACAAGUCAGGAUCUACAGUGCCCGUGUUUUAUU